GCUACAACCUUAUUACGCUUGGUCAGAAGCACACCGGAAACAGCAGCGAGCCCCAUCGGGCCCAGCAGCCGUGGCCCGAGUAUGCCUUCGUGGCGCACUGGGCGCGAGCGGCUGCUGUGCCUGGCCGCGUCCUCGGGCCACGCGCCCAGCCUGGACGCGGCCCUGGCUCAGUGCGGCUGCGUCCUGAAGCCGGAGGUGCUGACGGCGGCCGCCGCGGCAGGCAACCUGGCGGGCUGCGAGCGGCUGCUGCACGGCGAGGGCUGCUCCUUUGCAUUGGGCGCUCUCGGGCAGUCGGCGAAAGCGGGGCACUUGCGAGUCCUGCAGCUGCUGCUUGAAAGCUUGGUCCCAGAUGCUGUCUUGGUCCCAGAUGCUGUCUUGGUCCCGGACUUCUUGGCGGCGGCGGCGGAGGGCGCCUGCGCCGGCGGCCAGCCCCACAUCCUGGACUGGCUGCAGCAGGCGCACGGCUACAACCCAACGCCUCGGGACGCGGAGGCGGCGGCGGAGGCGGGGCAAGUGGAGCUGCUCGAACAGCUGCUAAGGCUGCCGGAGGCACGUCAGGCGUACGGGCUCGCGGAGUUGGAGGGCGGGCUGGAGCGGGGGCAGGAGCAGGCGUGGGGGCAGGAGCAGGGCGGCGCGCCUGCGGGCCCAGCUGCUGUUGCUACUGCCGGCGGAGGGGCUGGCGGCGGUGGCAGUAGCGAUGACGCGGCGGCGCAGAGUGCCCGACGAGAGGCGCGCUGGCGGCUGGUGACCGCAAUCACGCACGGCUGCCCGCUGGAGGUGCUGCAGCGGCACCUCGACACGCUGCAAUGGAUGGCGCCAGUGGCGGCGGCCCCUGCCGCCGCCGGAGGCGGCGGCACUGCGGGCGCAGUAGUUGCAGCAGCUGCUGCUGCUGCUGCUGCUGGCACGUCCGCUGCCGCGGCCGCGGCGGCGGCCGCGGCCCCUGCUCAGGCGGACUUUGCGGCGUGGAUGGCACUGGAAUACGGCAACAGGGGCGCGGAACGGGUGGCGGCGCGGCAGGCGGACGCGGAACGCGACAAGCGGCUGGCGCCGCUGCUGGAGGCCGCCGUGGGCAGCCCCACGCCCUGCUGGGCCGCCAAGCUGGACUUCCUGCUAUCGGCCUGGGGGCCGGAGGUGGCGGGCCAAGUGCUGAGGGGCGAGCGCGGGCGGCAUUGUGUUUGGCAGCGCGUGUCGGUACAGCCGGAUUACUUGGCAAGGCUGCGGCACUUGCAUGAGCGCGGCAUGCCGCCUGACGCCGAGGCCGCGGUGGCGUGCGCGGCUGACAGCUUCAACGCGGCAGCGCUGACGCAGCUGCUGGCGCAGGCCGCGGGUCCUGCUUCUGAAGAAGCGGCUGGUGCUGUGGGUGCCGCUGCUGCUUUGGGUGCUGCUGCUGGUGCCACGGGUGCCGCUGGCGAGGCAGCGGACGGCGUGCGCGGCGCGGGGGGAGGCGGCGGAGGAGGCAGGGCGGCGGGGGCGGCGGGUACCGACGGCGGCGGCAGGCAGCGGCGUGGCGCAGAGGGGCUGGAGCACACCUUUGUGUGCAGCGCUCGUCCGCCGGCCGCGGCGCCGGGGCAGCAUGUGGCCACAAUGCAGCUACUGGCGUCGCACGGGGCGGCGUUCACGGCCCGGCAUGUGGAGCUCGCGGGCGUGCGUGGCAGCUGGCCGGAGCUUUCGUUGCUGGGCUUGUGUGAGCUCGUGUGCCGCCCUGGGCCCGGCACCGGUGCUGGUGCCGGUGCCGGUGCCGGUGCCGGUGCCGGUGCCGGUGCCGGUGCCGGUGCCGGUGCCGGUGCCGGUGCCGGUGCCGGUGGCAGUGGCAGUGGCAGUGGCAGUGCCAAUGCCAGUGCCAGUGCCAAUGCCAAUGCUGGAGAUGCCGCAGAAGAGGAUGCGGUUGCGGCUGCGGCUAGGGCUGGGGAUGGGGAAGGGCCGGGGCAGAACGGAGCAGGGGAAAGGGAGCGGCAAGGCGCGCUUUCAGAGGAGCAAGCGGCGACCAGCACAGCUUGGUCUGCGGCCUUUCGUUCGACAGCCCGCUCCGGUGCCAGCCUGCGUGUGCUGCGUGUGCUGCGGGAGCGGUGCCGUGCGGCGGUGGACCUGGGUGCGGUGGCGGAGGGCGGCGGCGAGGAGGCGCUGGAGUGGGCGGCGGCGGAGCUGGCGGCGGAGGGCCGAGCGCCGCAGGCUCUCUCCGUGGAGCAGGCACGUGCCGUGUUUCGUGCCGGCAAUGCCGCCGCCCUCCGCUGGCUGCGGCACAGGCUCCUGCUGCCGCCUGCUCCGGCGGGGACGGUGGGCUGGCUGCCAGCCCUCGACAACGUCUGCACGGAGCUGCGCGUCUUUCAGUUCUGGCCGCUGCAGCUGUGGGCGGCGCUACAGCUACAGCCGUUGCAGCCACAGUCAUUGCAGCUACAGCCACUGCAGGAGGCGACGGUGGAGAAGGAGAGGGGGGGGCGAGGCCGGCUGUCAGCGGCAGGGGAGCAGGGAGGAGGGGAAGGUGGAGCGGCGGAAUGGGAUGCCAGAGGCCCAGGGCCCUGUGCGGGGGCAGGCGCCUGCAGGCCCCCAUGCUCCUACGCACUCGCCCGGUACGGCGAGUGACCUGUGGCCUGUGGGCCAUGAUCCACGGGACCACGAUCUCGGCUGGUGUAUAUAUCCGAUCAGCCAUCAGACGCCACCAGUGGGCUGGCAACAACAACGACAACAAUGCACAGAACAGCAAUACUCCUCAAGGCAGCCGGGGGGCAUGCUUCAAUGUUACUGUUGCUGGUCGCCACCAGUGGAUCUGGGUGGAGCGACAGCGAAACCUGAGCCAACCUGAAUUGGUGCAACCCAAGUAACCCGAUCAAUCAAUGGGCAGUAUACAGCGUUGCGCAAUGUGGUCUUCAAAUGUUCAUGCGUCCAUGUGUGCAUGCAUGCAUCCGGCCCGUCGUCAUCACCGCGGGCGCGCUUGCCGCGCCGCCCGCCAGCGCUGCCGCCACCGGCUGCAUGCAUGCAUAGAUGUGCAGUUGCAUGCAUGCAUGUAUGUGUAGUUGCUAUCGUAGGUUGGGAAUGGGGAGUUGCAGUCUUUCCGGACGGUUUGCAUACUUAGUUGAUGCAAGACUGUUAGGCUGCGGCGGCCACAUGUUGGGCCCAAGGUUACGGGUAGACAUGCAGCCAUCAACAGAGGGUAUGCGUGCGAGCGUGCAUGCGUGCGUGGGCAAUCUGCGCAUGUAUUCAUGUGGGUGCAUACGUGCGCAAGCAGUGGGUUCAGUGUCCUUGCCCGGGCCUUUGUGGCCAACCACCAUGCUCGCUUUGUGCCAUUUCGGCGAGGACCUUUUACCUUGCGGGUCUUGGGAGUGGGGGUCAAUGUUCGGCACUGCAUUGGAGUUUGUAAGGGGUGGCUUCAAGCAAGCAUGCUGAGUUUGGCUUGGUAGCAGAGCUGCAAUCUGCAAGGCUUGUGAGCGAUGCUAAGCGAUGCAGGGGUGAUCAGGGCCAGGCAGCAGCCAGCAGGGCCAGAAACCUAGGGGCUGCCAUGUGUGGCGGACAAUGUACGAUAAUGGCGGUCCGGUGGUGGCACAUGUGUGUGUGUGUGUGGGGGGGGGGGGGAGAAGGGCGCGAGGGGAGGCCGGGAGGGCAAGCCUUCGCCUGGCUUGAAUCUGGAGAUGCACUGUAUGCACUGAUACGGUGUGGUAUACAACCUAAAGCCCUCUGGCCUGUCGACUGCGUGCGACCGCGUGUCGUGAGACUGGGACCUACACACAACACUACCGCGCGCACGCGACGGCGGACAAAGGUAGGGAGAGCGGACAAGACACAUUCCAGUGGACGACAAAAAAUUGCGGGAAGUGGGGUUUGAACCCACGCAGUCUUUUACGACUAGGAGAUCUUAAGUCACCCC